AUGUGGAAUAAGAUCCAAAGUUGGCAGGGCAAAAAGCUUUCAAAAGCCGGGAAGGAGAUCUUAAUUAAAGCUGUAGUGCAGGAAAUACCUUCUUAUUGCAUGGCUAUCUUCUCUCUACCUACCAGUUUGACUGAUGAAAUGGAAAGGCUCAUGAAUAGUUUUUCGUGGAGUAACAAGGGUGGAUCGAGCCGGGGGAUAAACUGGAUGAAAUGGGACCGGAUCUGUGUGGACAAGAAGCUAGGUGGAUUGGGUUUUAGAAGUUUGCAGCUACUCAAUUUGGCUCUUCUCGGAAAAAUGGGUUGGACGUUGCUUGAGGAUCCAGAUGCACUUUUUUGCAAGGUUUUAAAGGCGAAGUAUUUCCCAAACGGUAACUUUCUCACUGCCCCAGUGGGUCACAGUCCGAGUUUCACUUGGAGGAGCAUUUGCUCCGCACAAGAGCUGGUACGAAGGGGAGUGCGCUGGAGGAUUGGUAAUGGGAUGAAUGUCCGGGUUUUUGAUGGUCCGUGGUUGAGGAGGGACGAUUCUUUUUGGGUUUCUUCUCCUUGCCCGUCUGGCUUUGCUGGUCUUCGUGUAUGUGAUCUUAUGUCCCCGGACUCUAAUAAUUGGGAUUUGGAUUCGUGA